AUGCAUCCUCAACAGCCUCACUCCCAGCCCGCCACCCAACCACCCGUCCCCAUCUCCAUAACCAUCUGCGGCGAUGGCGGUUGCGGCAAAUCCUCCAUAACCCUACGGCUCGUGCGCUCGCAGUGGACGUCCGAGUACGACCCGACAAUCGAAGACAGCUACAGCAUCACGCGGCGAAUUGACGGGUCGACCUACCACCUCUCGCUGACCGACACCGCGGGGCAGGAAGAAUACCGCGGCAUGUGGGCCUCGUCGAACCUGGGCGCGGACGCCUUCCUUCUCGUCUACGACAUCACGUCGCACGACAGCCUCGACGCCCUGAACUACUUCAACGACCUGAUCGACAUGGAGGCCGAGACGCGCCUGGACAACGCGACGCGGGCCAAGCGCGCGGGGCUGUCGCCCAACGCCUACGGCAACAACAGCGGUAGUGGCGGCGCGGGCGCGGGCAGCGGCGGGCGCACCAUCCCGCCCGUCAAGAUCGUGGCCGGCAACAAGUGCGACCUGCAGGAGUCGCGGCAGGUGUCGGCCGCGUCGGGGCUCGACUGGGCGCGCAAGCGCGGCUGCGGCUUCAUGGAGACGAGCGCGCGGCUCGAGGUCAACAUCGAGGAGACCUUUGCGCUCAUCGUGCGCCGCGUUGCCGAGGGCCGCCGCCUGGCUGAGAUGGGCGUCCUCGACAACACCGAGAUGGACCGCCGUGGCACCACGAAGCCGCUUACGCCGCUGGGCAGCGACAGUAGGGACCACGAUGGCGGGGACGAGAAGAGGGAUGUGGGGACGAGGGGCCCGAGGCUGGGCGAUGGCCAGAGACUUGGGAGGGGCGGCGAGUUUUGGAAGAGCUUGAGGUGCUGGUGA